AAUUCUUUCUGUCUUUACCACCACACCACACAACACAACACCACAACCAUGUUCCGCUCAACCUUCCUCGGCCUCUCCCGGGCCAUCGCCCAGCCCGCGACGCCCCUCACCGUCCGCGCCGCCUUCCAGUCCCGAUUCUACUCCGCCGCUGCCGCCGCAUCGCAACCAACAACAACAGCCACAACAACGACACCACUCCAGCAGCAGCAGCAGCCCACCACACAACCCACCACCCCUAUCCAGACCCAGACCGGUGCCGCGCCAACAGAAUCGACGAAACCCGUCGCCAAGCCCUACCUAGUAGGCCGUGCCUGGACCCAGCGCCUGCCCGUCUACCACCUCGCCAAGCGCGGUGGUAACAAGAAGCUCACCCAGAUCAAGAAGGUGCAAGGUGAUGGCCAGGCUCUGCGCAGGGACCUUGCGCAGUUCUUGGGGCUGGAGGUGAAGGAGGUGCGGGUGAAGGUGCCGACAGGGCAUUUGGAGGUUGAUGGACACCGCAGAGAGGAAAUCGUCAAGUUCCUGGACGGCUUGGGCUUUUAAACGAGAAAGAUGCUACAGCGAUAAACCUCUGGAGAGCUUGCAGCCACAAGUCCACAUAACACGACGAGGACCGACCCAUUACCGGGAAAGAUACCAUGCUGCUCCAUGCCACGGACUGGAGAGCAUGCUGGGGCAUAUUCCGGGAGGUGCUGGAUGCUUCAUGCCCCAGGACGAGGACUACCGAGUCGUCACAUAUAUAGAGAGCCCUCGGCUACACAGUGAGACCACCGAGGGGUAAAUAGGAGGGUUUUGUGUACGAUGGAAGAAUAUACCACAUGUUGAGACAAUGUAUCACUAAACGGGUUGUAAGGAACGGCUCAAGGAUUUACAAAGAGCGGUCGAAUGAUAUUUGUCUCUACGACGAAGAAUCUUGCUAUCCAGCUAUGAGCUUAGGCGAGAUGUGCGGAAGGGGAUAUGCACGGUUAGGGGAGACUUUUGACGAAGCUCCAUGGGAGAGAGUUCUCGAUCUAAAAAUACACGACAUUGCCACAUUGGGUACAGUUCACGACAGGUUCAUGAUGGUCGAGUGAUAUACAACCACUUUUACUCUCUUC